AUGUCAUUAGAUAUUUUGCAGCAAGAAAGGCAUCGUUCUGGAAAUCACGAUUUAGCUGUCACUCCAUAUAUUUUGAAUAAAACUUUAAUAUUAAUAGAAAAUGAUCUUCUGAAAAUAUCUGGAAAGAAGCUGUCUGAUUUUAACAUGGAAUCACCGUUACAAACUGAUGAUAAUGAUAAUAAUUUCCUUAGAGAUAGGGCUUAUAUUGCAGAAACUUCUUAUGAUUAUGAUAUACUUUCAAAUUACAUCCAGGAGAAUGAGCCGAAGUUAACAAACGAUCAGCAAGUUGUUUAUAAUACUAUUUUACAAAGCGUAUUGCAAGAUAAUGGAGAAUUAUUUUUUUUUGAUGCUCCUGGUGGAUCUGGCAAGACCUUCAUGCUGAAUCUCUUGCUUGCAAAGCUACGUGUAGAGAGAAUAAUUUCAUUAGCAGUCGCUUCUUCCGGGAUAGCAGCAACAUUAUUACAAAAUGGCAAGACAGCACAUUCCGCUUUCAAAUUACCUUUGGAUCUUCAGACUAACGAACGCCCAGUUUGUAGUGUGAAGAAACAAAGUUCUUUGGGUAAAUUAUUAAGGGAGACACGUUUUAUUGUUUGGGAUGAAUCAACAAUGGCGAAUAAAGGUGGUCCUGAGGCACUUGAUAGAACGCUGAGGGAUUUUAAAAAUAAUGAUCGCCCAAUGGGCGGAGUUGUUAUUCUUUUUGCUGGUGACUUUAGACAAAUAUUGCCAGUUGUGCCUAAAGGCACUAAAAGUGAUGAAAUCAACGCCUGUCUAAAAUCAUCUUAUCUUUGGUCUUACAUAACAUCUUUGAGAUUAACAACCAAUAUGCGUGUACACCUUGGUGGUGAUAAUAAUGCCGAGCUCUUCUCACAACAUCUUUUGAAAAUUAGUAACGGAACUUUUCAGAAUGAUAAGGAUAGCAUAAUACAAAUAAAUUCUACAUUUGCAAUUUCGGUUCUUGAUCAAAAUAACUUAAUCAACAAAGUUUAUCCUGAAAUUUCUCAUCUUUCCAAUAAAUCCAAUGAAUGGCUCCGUGAACGUGCAAUUUUGGCCCCUAAAAACGACAUCGUCAACAUCAUAAACGAAAAAGUUCUUUCCAUGUUCGAAGCUGAUAAAAAAACUAUAUUUCCAUAG